GAUCACCACGGGCGGCGUGAAGAGCCAUAUCGCGGACAACAGCGCACCGCCGAUCAAACCGACCUCGCUGUAUGCGCCGAUCGCGGAUCUCUUUCGUGAGGUACGCUCCCGGAGAUCUCAAGCGGGAGCCAUGGCCACGGACAAAUACGCGCAAUCUGUGGUCGCGCAGACGCUCAAACGACGCGUCAAAGCCUGGUUCUGGCAGGGUAGUUUCUCGUGGAUCUGCUGGUUCGCGGAUACCUUUCUCUGGCGUACGGUCUUCGACCGACCGAUGUCCAAUCAGUUUGGGCUUACGACGCUGGCGAAGAUCGUACGAAACGAUAGGGCAAAGAGACGGGAUUGAGAUCAGUUGGGUACUGGAGAUGCUCUGUGUGCGAAUGACAAGGAAACGCCCAUGGACCCCACCAACGCUGUCUGCAUCACGACCGUACCACCGAGCCCUUGAAAUAGUCCAUACGUGAGCUUGUGCAUCCUCCGUCUGAACGCGUGAACGUCCCCGGAGAACGCCCUAUUCCCCGCUCCAUCCGAGUCCAAGUCUGAAUCGUCUUCGUCCGACGAGGAUGCCAGCUCCGAAUCCGAGUCCGAAUCGGGCUCCCGGUGGAGCAGGAGACAGACUCGCUCCCAGCCUUCGCCCGCCUUAUACUCGACCAUGAGCGUCCGGGCCUGGGCCUGGUCGAAGUCGAACCGCUUCUGGGCGAGCUCGGUGCUCGGGAAGUCGCCGAAGAAAGUCAUCCAGACUACCUUGAAGAACGGGCGAAGUCGAUCGAGGAAGCGCGGGUCGAGGCAUGAGGAUAUCACAAAGGGUUUGUUCCGCCCGAGUUUGGUUAUAAGCGUGGGACGCUUCGCGUUCGAGAGUUUGCUUGGCGUCGGGGGCGGGCUCGCAGCAGUCUGCGCGAGCUCUUGCGAGAGCAUCUGCCCGCGGGACAUCGCGAUCUGCGCAACAGCAAUCAGUUCGUAGGUGUGACCAGGGUAAUCGGCCCUCAGGCCUCAGGGCACACACCUCGUACGAUCCCAGCAGAGCAUGCCAAUCGUCUGCCUCCAUCUUUAUGCCGUUGGCAAAGAAACGGGAAUUGAGAGCGGCUGUCCAGAUUUCCACGUCGAGCGAGUGGCUGAGGUUAUGUUCGCUUCUCAAUUCUGCAUCAAGGCUGUCCGAGUCCGCUCAAAAAGGGCCCACUCACUCGACGGAAGCAACGCGCCCGAGAGACAGUACCUUCAUUUGCUUUUGCUCUAUGGCGGUAGAUCCCUGUGUGUCCAGCCAGCUCGAGGCAUCUGUUUGAACCCACAGCGACAUCCUGGCAAUGUGCUGUGGGAGGUGUCGCGUAGGUAUCGCAGGAGGAGGAGGGGGAAGUGGGGGGUGGAUUUCGUGGCGCAUUGAGAAGCAGGGGCUAUAAGAGGGUUCUGAGGGUAAGAUUCGACAGGCAGGCAAGUAAGAAGCUCGGGUGUGCCUUACGUCGAGAUAUACUUGGACUACGACACCCGUGCAGUUAGGAAAUCGGACCCUCGCAAAAAGCACACGGCCCGAUACUGCUACAGUCUUGAAUGAGCCCCUGUUCCCGAUGGGCACAACCACGUGCCACUGGAGGUGAGUGACGUCACAAGCCCAAUCACGCUGGGUGAGUGCUUGAAUGCUCUUCCCACCAUCAGGGAUCUCGCAAGAUCCUCCCCUCGACUAUUCCCCGGACCAGUAACGAAAAAUGAUGGGAUCUUCUCCAAGCUCCAGUGCCCGCAUCGAUCCCCGGCGCGGCAGCAACACCAUAGGUGGCACCAAGUCGGAUCGUAGUGGUGGUGGCACCGAAUCUCUUCGAGAGGAAACGGAGACACAGACCUCUGCGAGUACAAGUGCUCAGUCUCGCAGCCACGGAUCUUCCUCCACCUCUCGACCGCGGGCCUCCCCUGCCGAACUAUUGCGCAGCCACUUGACGCGGCGGGUGCCCCCGAUGUCGACGUGGUCCUCGGCGCCUGUGGAGAACAGCUCGUGGGCAUCGAACAACUUCCUUUUGGGCGCGGGGAUGGUGGUGCUGCAGCCGUCGACGAUGAAAGUCGCGAUUGUGUACGACUCGGGAAGGAAGACCUGGUUUCUGCCUCGUGGCCGGAAGGAUAUUGGAGAAUCCUUGGAGGCGACUGCUCUACGUGAGGCUUACGAAGAGGUUCGUGAAUUCUGUGGCGUAGCUUUAUUGCAAGCAAUGACGCGCCUGCCUUGUAGUCUGGAUAUCAAGUCGAGCCUCUUCCUUUAUUCACGUUUUCACGCCAGCCAGCGCCUCCGGGUAAACCAGAUGCUGGAGACAUUCCGAACUGCGAGCCGAUCUACGUGUUGACGUCGUAUUUCCGCGAGCGCAGGCAUCGGGGCGGAUAUGUCUCGCCUGCAGGGGAGUAUCUGACAUUCUGGUAUGCGGGUCAGAUUGGACCGGAUGCGGUUCAUCAUGAAAACACGGGCAUGCCAGAUGAGGCAAAUUUCCAAACGUUCUUGGUGGAUCAGAAUGAGGCGCGCGUCAGAUUGGUCUCGAGCGAAAGCAAGAUUGUGGAAUACGCUUUUGCGCUGUAUAAAGUCACGACAGAAGAAUUGCAAAGACAGAUGGAAACAGAGAUGGAGAAACCCGAAGACUCAAAGCUUGAGUUUUAGUUGUGGCCAUCUUUGAUAAAUAGUCGCUCUGUUUCCGUGCUUUCUAAUUGCCGUGUCAAUCAAGUCAUAAAUCGAGUUCUAAAUCCAACAAUGCUCCGACACUUGAGAUUGUUGCAUCAGUCUACGACUUCACAUGGAUUGACACGUGACUCUGCCAAGCUUAACCCGGUACCAUCCCGGGGCCCGGCACCAGAUUUAGUCAAAACUGCUCCGGGCGUUCUCGAACGCUAGAUUGACAUUCGAAUGACAGGAGCAUUGGGUGCUCUUCCUUCUGACCACCA